GUAAAUCUGUCUGGUUAAAUGAAAAUAAUGAAUCAUUCAAACCAUAUAUUAUUUUGAAUUGCUGUUCUGUAGAAACAAAUUUUGGAGAUGAUUUGGAAGCUAAACCUUUUGUAUAUGAUUUUUCAAAACAUUUAGUUCCCAAAUUUUAUUGA